AUGUUUUCAAAACUUUUAGCUUUCUUCCUUAGUGUCCUUGUCUUCUUCCCUCUCACAUUUGACUCAUUUGCAGAUACAACUUCCUGGGUUAGAGCAGGUUAUUACCAUACCGAAAGUGAAAUUUCAGCUUCAGAAAUUAAAUCAACACUUUUCACACAUCUCUUAUGUGCUUUUGCUUUUAUAAACUCCACGAACUACAACGUCUUUAUUAACUCUUCUCAGGAACUCAAGUUCUCAUCCUUCACCAACUCAGUGAAGUUUCAAAACCCAUAUGUUACAUCUCUUCUAUCAAUCAAUGGUGGAAGAGAAAACUCUUCACUUCUUAGCUCAAUGAUAAACCAAUCUUCCUACAGAAAAUCAUUCAUUGACUCUUCUAUCAAAACAGCAAGAAAAUAUGGAUUUCAAGGCAUAGACUUUCGUGGGGCCAGGCCAAAGCUAGGUAAAGAGCUUGCAAAUUUUGCAACCCUUUUGAAAGAGUGGCGAAUCGCAAUAACUUCUGAAGCAAGAAACAUUAAAAAACCAGAUUUAGUUUUGGUGAUGGCGGGUUAUUAUCUCAAAGCUUCAGAUUCCUUUAGUUACCCUUUUGAAUCUAUGCAGAAAAAUUUAGAUUGGGUUCAUUUUGUUGCAUAUGAUUACUAUCUUCCUGAAAAGGAGAGUGUCACAGGUUUUCAUGCCGCUUUAUAUGGUUCAUCUGGUUGGGAAAACACUGAUUCUGGUAUCAAAGAGUGGAGAAAGAGAGGGUUUUCUUCAAACAAACUUGUAAUUGGUUUACCUUAUCAUGGAUAUGCAUGGAGACUUAUGGAACAAGGUGAAGGGGGUGUUGGAAAACCAGCUUCUGGUCCUGCUAUUACUAAGGAUGGUUCUAUGGGUUAUAAGUGGAUAAAAAGUUACAUUAAAAGCUUUGGAGAUGGACUAGUUUCAAGCUAUAAUGAUACUUUUAUGGUGAAUUAUUUCACUAUUGCUUCCAUUGCUUGGGUUAAUUUUGAUGAUGUGGAGGCUAUUAAAGAAAAAGUUUCUUAUGCAAAGAAAAAUGGAUUACUUGGUUACAUUGUGUUCCAAGUUGGGAAUGAUGACAAUUGGGUCCUUUCAACGGCAGCUCAAGAAGUAGAUGAAGACCAUCAUAACAGAAGGUUGCUAAUAAUUGUUCUGCUUACAACUUUGACUGCUGCACUUCUCUUGGGAAUAGUAUUUUGCUGCUACUACCAAGCAGGAACAGUGGCCAUUCUUACAAGAAUGAUAUACAAACUGAGUAUAUAUUUAUCAGCAGCUGAAGAAGAUCUUAGUGGUAAUGCUUCUGAUUUGAUAGUAUUUGGUUAUCUCACAAUUAAAGUAGCAACAGAUAACUUCUCAACAGAAAAUAAGCUGGGAGAAGGUGGAUUUGGUGCAGUGUAUAAGGGAAAAUUACGAAAGGGACAGGAAAUAGCCGUGAAAAGACUGUCAGAAACUUCAAAUCAAGGACUUGAAGAGUUCAAAAAUGAGAUCACACUCACAGCAAGAUUACAACAUGUGAAUUUAGUUAGGCUUUUGGGUUACUGCACGAAAAAGAAUGAGAAGCUUCUCAUCUAUGAAUACCUCCCAAAUAAAAGCUUAGAUCAUUUUCUCUUUGAUCCAAGGAAAUCAAUUCUUCUAGAUUGGAGGAAGCGUGUGAAUAUCAUUGAAGGGAUUACUCAAGGCCUUCUUUAUCUCCAAAAAAUUUUUGGAAAGAAUGAACUAGAAGCAAAUACAAGUAGGAUUGUCGGAACAUAUGGAUACGUACCUCCCGAGUAUGUCAGAAAAGGCAUAUACUCACUCAAGUAUGAUGUUUAUAGUUUUGGAGUCCUUCUCUUGCAAAUCAUAAGUGGGAAGAGAUCUUCACAUUAUUACGGUCCAGAUGAAAAUAUGAACCUUUUAGAAUACGCAUAUGAGCUAUGGAUGGAAGGGAGAGGUGUGGAGUUUUUGGACCCUAAAUUGGAUGAUUCAACAUCUGAUUGUAAAAUCAUGAGAUGCAUGCAGAUAGGUCUUUUGUGCGUUCAAGAUAAUUCGGCAGAUAGACCUUCUAUGUUAGAAGUUGAUUCACUUAUCAAGAACGAAGGCACGCUCGUCGAUACUCCCAAAAUGCCAGCUUUUUCGAUGAAAAAACACGGAUCUAACUCAAGAUUAAAAUUUCCUUCAGUCAAUGAUGUUACAAUUUCAGAGAUGGUAGCAAGAUAA